GCACGCUUCUUCCCCCUCUGUCGAUCCCCUCUCCGUGCCUCCUCCUCUGCCGUGUCGCUGCGCUGCCGCAUACUUCUUCCCCCCUCUCCGCGCCUCCUCCUCUGCCGGUCGCUGCGCUGCCGGCUCAGCCACUUCUCCUGUGCCUUCUCCUCCCCGCUCGUCGCUGAGUCAUCGACCAGAUCGGCGUCCAUGUUCAGCAGCGGCGGCGACAUCUUCAGCGGAGGAGGCGGGUGGUCGUGGCGGCGGCAUCUUCAGCGGCGUCACCGGAAGGAGGGGGAGCAGCCGUGCCCGGAUGAGGUCGUCCCCAACUCCUGCAUCUAGUCGUUGACCUUACCCACACUGUAGUCGCCGCUGCUGGUCGAGGUCACCCAGGUUGACACCGGCCCCGCCGGACUGCAGGUCAUCCUGCCCGACAUGGUACAUACGGUAUUUGGCAAUACUGGCUCUUGGGCUGCCCAAUUGAUCACUGAAGCUGGUGGCAAGGUGGUCUCCAUCAGAGAUGUCACAGGGACUGUCAAGAACUCCAAUGGCAUUGACAUAGCCAAGCUGAUGAAGCACUUGGCAGAGAACCGCGGGAUCAAGGGCUUUGACGGAGGCGACGCCGUCGACCCGACCUCGCUGCUCACGGAAGAGUGCGACGUGCUCAUCCCUGCAGCUCUGGGAGGAGUCAUAAACAAGGACAAUGCUGAUGCCAUCAAAGCAAAGUACAUCAUCGAGGCUGUUAACCACCCAACAGACCCCGAGGCCAACAAGGCAAGAACACCAACAUUUUGCCACAAAACUAAGCUGCAUUUGUUGACACAUUCACGCAUUGACUGCCAGCAGAGAAAUGUUCAUGUUCGUGGUGCAGAUUCUGGCAAAGAAGGGCGUGCUGAUCCUAUCGGACAUCAUGGCCAACUCCGGGGGAGUGAUGGUGAGCUGCUUCGAGUGGGCCGUUGGGCGUCCAAGAGGCACUUGACCUUUUCGGAUCACGCUGCCAUUGGCGUAAUCCAGGCCGGAUCUAUGGAGAGCCCGGCGCAACACCGUCACAGAUUGAUAAGGGCCGGAGCUUCAAUGACAAAUCUACUAUAUUCAGCACACAACCCAACUCAGCAGGCACGAGCCAUGUCGACAAUCGGGGUGGCACUCGGGUGCAUGCUCGCCUCGACAGUCAUCAAGGUCGCAAUAGAGUCGGUGGAGGCUGUGCUCGGCAACGCUGAGAGAGAGUCUAUCGAGCAUAAGUCCAUGCUGUUGUGGCUGAACCGACUUAUGGAUGCCGACAUGCUUGAAGAUUUUGAAGAUGAAACCGACCUCAACCUGUGGGCAGCCACGAUGAAGAAGAUUAAGAUGCCACAUAACAUGAGAUCGAUGCAAAAGCGCAUAUAAAAGAUAAAAGAGGACCCUGAGGAGCGGCAAGGUCCCGACAUCCAGGAUACAACAGGAUAUGUGGAGGAGGCAGAAAUCAUCUGGUGGACUGAUGAUUGCAUAUCUUGGAGCAGCAGUUAUUUCCCCCUCCUUUUGAUACAGUGGUUGGAGUCAGUAGGUAGUGAUUAGAGUAAGUAGGUAAUACUUUUCAUUGGAAUAUAACUUGCAAGUUGAUGGAUUCAGAACCUUUGUGCUAUGAAAUACAGUUACAGUAGGAGAUUCAGACACUAUUCUUGUGAUUAUGCCACUGGACUAUUGUCAUUUCCCAUUAAAAUUAGUUAGGAAUUUUGUAUAUUUAGGCGGUGUAUGCCACCGUAUUGAAUGGACAUCUUGGAAAACCAAAAUUGUCUCAAUUUGGAAGGAUGGUUGCUUUAUGUGAA